CUCCUCCGUCUCCACGUUCGAAAUGGCUUCGGCCAACGCGAUACCAUCUGGCGCCUCAGCCGCAGUUCUCAUGCCUUCGGAACCGAUGCCGGACUUCGCGGUCUCGGUGAAGGGCCCCAAUUUCGAACAGGAAGUGUCUCUUCAGCAGCUGCUGGAGAGCUACAAGAGAAUCGGAUUUCAGGCAAAUAGCCUGGGGAAAGCUAUCGAUAUCGUGAACAAGAUGCGCAAAUGGAGGCUCUCAGACGAGCCCGUCGCUGAGGACGAAUCGGAGGAUUACUUGGAUCCGGAGGUCCGAGCAAACACGAAGUGCAACGUCUUCCUGGGCUAUACGUCGAAUCUCAUCUCGUCUGGUCUCCGAGAAAUCUUACUAUACCUCGCGAAGCACAAGCAUGUCACCGCCAUCGUCACGACCGCCGGCGGGAUCGAGGAAGACUUCAUCAAGUGCCUCGGGAAGACGUACCUCGCAGAAUUCAACCUAGACGGCGCUGAGCUCCGCAAAAAGGGCAUGAACCGAAUCGGCAACCUCAUCGUCCCGAACGACAACUACUGCAAAUUUGAGGACUGGCUGACGCCCAUCUUGGACGCGAUGCUCGCCGAGCAGAAGGAGACCGGGCAGGUGUGGACCCCGAGCUCAUUCAUUCGCCGGCUUGGCAAGGAGAUCAACAACGAGGAAUCUGUAUACUACUGGGCUUACAAAAACGACAUUCCGGUGUUCUGCCCUGCGCUCACCGACGGAUCGAUUGGAGACAUGAUAUACUUCCACUCGUUCAAAAACCCUGGCCUGGUCGUAGACAUCGUCCAAGAUAUCCGCAACAUCAACGAGCUCUCACGAAAAUCAAAGAAGGCCGGGAUGAUCAUCCUCGGUGGUGGUGUCUGCAAGCAUCAAAUCGCCAACGCGAUGUUGAUUCGUAACGGUGCCGAUUACUCGGUCUACAUCAAUACCGGUCAGGAGUUUGACGGCUCGGACUCUGGUGCACGACCGGACGAAGCGGUAUCCUGGGGGAAGAUCCGAGCUGGGUCGGAAUCGGUCAAGGUGUUUGCCGACGCAACUCUCGUCUUCCCCUUGUUAGUAGCAGGCACCUUCGCCCAGUCAGAUUAGAAGAACGAAUAAAACGAUGUACUGUAGCAUAC